AUGUACAGGAGAUAUAUUUGGAGUAGUAUUUUCCGUGAUGUUAAUUAUAGAUUUAAGAAAUUAUACCAUUCAUUUUAUUAUGCACAAAGUCAUAUAAAAUAUGUCAUGUUAAUAUUAUUUCCUGGAGUUAUAUGGUCAACUAGAUAUAGAGCAGAUACAAAAUUGGGAUAUUUUUUUUAUAUCAAUGAUGAAAAAUUAUAUCCUCGUAUAAAUGAUGAUAAUAAUAAUAAUGAUAAUUAUAUUGAUAAAUAUAUGAAUUAUACAAAAAAAUUAGUAAAUAAUCAAAAAUGGGUUAAUGGUACAAAAUUUUAUUUAAAUGAUGAUAUAACUGUUCAAGACGCAAAAAAAAUUAUUUAUAAAAAUGAAGAAAAUAUUCCUAAAAAUAUUAAACUUGGAUGUAAAGGAAGAAUGAUGGAUGAUAAUGAUAACUUAGCUUUAGCAGUUAGAGCUUUUUGUAAAAGAGACCCCAAAAUAAUUAUUUGGGAGGAUGAGCAUGCUCAGUUUGUUUAA